GAGCCGGCAGCUGAUCUAGUGAUGUGCGCGGGUUGAUAAGUAGAUCGCGUGCUUUUUCAUGAUAAACAAAACUGUAUCCAUUCUAUUCAAUCCGAAUUGGCAACCGAAGUAUCAUUGAUACAAAAGUCUAGUUAUUUCCAGUGAAAAACUUGUAAAACAGUCAUCAAUAAUUUUAUUUCGCGGAGACUUUUCACCGGCACAGAAGCAGGUGGCUGUCAUGUGAUUUACCUGGUGCUAUGAAAUUUAUCAGGUGGAAGCAGGAACUAUCAGACUGGGAUUCUCAAGCCAGUUCCAUUCAACCAAAUCAUGGAUAUGGGAAUUGAUGAGGAGUGAUGCUUUGCGGGGGAGCCCGUGAUGGCACACCUCACCUCAACCGCCUCGACCGUCUUCCUCCUCCUCCUUCUCCACCAUAUCGCCUCACUUCGCCUCAACUAUGCUCAUGCCUUCCUACAUGGCAGCUGCCAGGCUCCCCUUGGCAUGGAGUCGGGACGGAUUCCAGAUGAAGACAUAUCUGCUAGCUCGGCUUUCGACAGUGGCAACGUCGGGCCCAGACAUGCAAGGGUGCGAACAGAGAUCGGAGGCGGGGCUUGGUGUCCGAAGCUUCAGGUGACGACCGAGCCGAAGGAGUGGCUGGAGGUGGACCUGCACUCGGUGAGGGUGAUCACGGCGGUGGAGACGCAGGGCCGCUUCGGCAAUGGCCAGGGCCAGGAGUAUGCCGAGGCCUACCUCCUCGAGUACUGGCGACCCCGGCUUGGCAAGUGGGUGCGCUAUCGUAACAACAAGGGUGAAGAGGUGAUGAUGGGCAACUCGAAUACAUACUUGGAAGCUAAGAGAGAACUGGAUCCUCCUAUGUGGGCUUCGAAAGUGCGUUUCUUCCCCUACAGCUUCCACAUGAGAACCGUCUGCAUGAGAGUCGAGCUGUAUGGAUGUCCUUGGACAGAGGGGAUAGUCAGCUACUCAAUGCCCCAGGGCGACAAGCGGGGCUCCGGCUGGGAGUUCUUUGAUGCCACCUACGAUGGCCACUGGGAUGUCGAGCUGCAGCGCGGUCUGGGACAACUCACUGACAGCAAACUUGGUCCAGACAGCUUCAAAAACGCCUACUAUGACUUUGACAGAGGACAAGGAUGGGUGGGAUGGCGAAAUGACAGUCGAAAAGGUCGUCCAGUGGAAAUCACUUUUGAGUUCGACCAGGUCAGAGAGUUCACUUCUGUUCACCUCUACUGCAACAACGAGUUCACCAAAGAUAUCCAGGUUUUCUCAGAGGUGCAGAUAAUGUUCAGCAUUGGCGGAAAAAUAUUCGUAGACACGCCCAUCACCUACACCUACAUGGAGGACAGAAUCUUCGAGUAUGCCAGGAAUGUAUCUAUUAAACUCCAUCACAGGAUUGGACGAUUCGUGAAGCUGCGACUCCACUUCUCAGCCAACUGGAUUAUGAUCAGCGAGGUGAUAUUCGAUUCAGUUAUUGCUCAUGGAAAUUUCACUGCCGAAAAACUACCUUCAGAAAAUAAUAUGAAUGCAAACGACAUCUAUGUUAAUAGAGAGCACUACAAGCCUUUUGAAAUACCAGCUACCCAAGACGACGAAGCUCUUAUGGCGAUCAUAAUUGGGAUACUGAUGGCUGUGAUAUUUUUGCUGGCGAUGGCGAUUAUCAUGAUAAUCUUCAGACAUCGGCAGAAGAAGUGUUUCGCCAGUCCACUGGCCGGCAAGUCGACUCUUCCCGGUCCUCUCUUGUCGUCGGAGAGCAGCUGCGGAACGGUCGAGAAAACAGCCACAAUUCACAGCAAAGCUGCCAUGUCGAUGCCACACCCUGUCACCGGCCUCUUGGUCGACAUCAAGAAUGACGACUACCAGGAGCCUUUCCAGUACUACAGCUACAGCAGUGUGCUCAAAGACAAGUGUUCCCAGUUUUCAGAUUCAUCAUCUCACGAGUACGCAGUGCCUGAUGUUGGGAGUGCCACAAUGCUUGCCAGCAAUGUUCAAUCAAUUAAUGUCACCUCUGACACAUUUAAAAGACAGUCGCCUACUCAACAGGAGGUAUUGAGUGCGUUGAAAAAUAGGCUGGAGAACAUGAUAGUGCCUGAAUUUCCUAGACAUAGACUUCGAAUGCUGUCAAAAAUUGGAGAAGGGGCCUUCAGAAUGGUUUACUUGGCGGAAGCAGAUGGAAUAUCAGAAUAUGGAGGAGCUCCUUCAUUGGGAAAACGCCUUGUAGCUGUCAAAUCGUUACCUAUCAAUGCUACAGAAAGCGAAAAAUUGGAGUUUGAACGCGAUGUUAGAAUAUUAGCAGCCAUAGAGGAUGAGAAUAUUGUGAGAGUAUUAGGUGUAUGUUUUGGCGAGAACCCGAUAUCAGUUUUACUAGAAUAUCUUCCUCAUGGUGAUCUAUGUCAGUUUCUCAAGGGUCACAAUACUAUACCAGUGGAGAAAACGCAAACUCUCAGCCCUAAAACUAUAAGAAUCAACUCUGUCUUUUUCAGAAAUUGUUUAGUUGGUAAUUCAUAUCAAAUUAAAAUAUCCGAUUUUGGAACUGACAACGAACUAUACGUCAACGAUUAUUAUAAAAUGGAUAAUGGAAUGUUGCUUCCAAUCAGGUGGAUGGCGUGGGAAUCAAUAUACUUGGGGAGAUACACGACGAAGAGUGACGUGUGGGCGUUCGGCGUGACUCUGUGGGAGAUCCUGCUGCUGUGCCGGCACACUCCCUACGAGGACAUGACUGACGUCGAGGUGCUCUGCAGUCUGUCACAUCUGCACAAGGAUGACGAGUCAUUCUGUCUGUUGCCCCGCCCUGCCGCCGCCUCCAAGGACGUCGCCGAUCUGCUGGCUCAGUGCUGGUGCAGGGAGCCCGAUGAGCGACCUACCUUCAACGAGCUGGCCACGUUUUUGCAGCGCAAAAAUUCGGGGUUCAUUCCACUCGCGUAGGCUGCUCGAUUUUAGAAAAAUACUUAUGACGAUUCUCAAUUUUUCGCAAUAUCGAAUUGUAUCUAAAAUCAAUUAAGGGUUUAUGUCACGUAAUAAGGAAGACUUUUCAAUGCUGGGGUUUCCACAAUAUCGAAUAGAAGAUUAAUGGAAUGCAGUUUUGGGCUUUAAGUCUAUUGUUCCUUUCCCAAUAAUUCAUAGUUGAGAAUGAUAUUGUAACCUAUUUAUCAAUGUAUAAAUAAAUAUUCUGGGUUCAUUCCAGAUUCCAUUGAUUUAGUUUUUCAAGAAAUACUUGUAUUCAAUACUGUAUUUUUGCGAUAUCAAAUGGUCUCCGAGUUUAAUUCAAUAUUUAUUCCACUAAUAUAUGAUUGCCCAAAGAAAUUUUAUUUCAAAGCUGGGCUUUGCAAUAUCGAAUGCUGGCUCUCUUGAGAUUAUUUCAAAGUGUCGAAAUUUGACUAGCCCAGGAAGAUGGGCCUAACACAGGGGGGGGGGAAGGAGCUGCAGAUAAGCAGACUGCAUAAAUUUUUGGGGCCGGAGCUCCAAAACACAUUUUAGCGUUUCAAAAAAACUGUUUAGUGCUUCGAUAAUUCAGAAUUUAUUCCACUAAAAUAAACGACAGUAGGCAUACGGUAUCAUUCAUAGUUCCACAUUGUUCAAAAUAGAAAUAAAUAUUUUGAAAGAAUAAUGAAUAUAGAGAAAUGAGCCAUGAAGUAUCAAAUACGAACAUUAUAUGUAGCGAAAUACCAGUAGGGAAUCAUUCAACCUAAGAAUUCAAACCUCAGUUUGAAGCAUUCGAUGAAGACCAUCAUAAUAGGUUGCUUCGGGAUAAAGCUCCCUUAAGAUAACGGCUUAUUCAAGACAAAUCCAUGAUACUAUAGGGUUAUAAACAAAAGCUAUAAUGUCGUCUUGCACAAUAAAUGUUUAUGUAAUAUUAAUCACUAAUAGGGUUAAUUGUACAGAAAGUUAGUAAUAUCCACUUAAAUAUAGAAAAACUCCUGAGGCCUUACUCUUCUUUACCUAUCAUUGGUCUCGACACCUUUCAAUAAUGCUUUGUAAUUACUUGAUUAGUGUACAUACAAAACUAUUGUAGAAAUGUAAAUAAAGAAACAACGUAAUAUUCUUCAACGAAUUUAUAAAAAGUAUAUAUCAAAUACUUUUAGUGGAGUUAUUAAAUUGGUGAAUCCAAUUACAUAUAUUUUCUAUUAUCAAUAGGUACCAUAAAUUUAUGUGGAUAAAUGGAUGAAUGAUUUUUUGAAAAUAUUUGAGGAAAAAAUAUAUUACCCAAGUAUUGUGAAUUUAAUUGUACACAGUCAAGAUCUCUGGAAUAUAGGAAUAAUUAUUGUCAAUCAGCAUUGAGUAAAAUCAUUAAGGUUUUUAAUUAGAUUUUUGAAAGUUAUUAUUUUGUGAUAUAAGUGAACAAUGAUAUUGUGAUACUGCAUUUAAUGUGAAAUGUUUUCUACUGAAAAGAGUAUUUUGUACCACAGAUUUGGAAAUAUGAUGGUUCCAGGAAAUUUUAUAAGAAUUCAAUAUUGAUUCAAGAUGGAAAUCUGUGAAGUAUGUGUUUUUUCCAUCACAAAACCGUGUAUUAUUUUUUCCUCUGCUGAAGUCGAUAAUUUUUUAACAUUUAUAAUUUAAUAGUUUUAUCAGUCAAAUUGAUUACGAUAUGAAAUACAGAUCGAAUACAGCUUGCAAGCUUGCACUAGAUAGGCCUACUUAACAAUCUAUAACUAGUACCUCAUGACAUCGUGUAAGUGAGGAUUGGAAUUUUUCAGUUUUAGAAUUCAAGCUUUAUUCUGCUUUUCAAGUUUUAGAUUUUGAUUGUAGAGUGGGUAUUUUAAUAUUUCUACCGCGAGUGGGCUUCUUAAAAAGUGAAUUACCAAUUAAAAUAUGUCAAAUGAAUAAAGUUACAUCCAAUAGCAUUUAUAACACUGUUUUCAACAUCGUUGUAGGCAUAUUUUUCAUAAUGACUUUUAUUCAAUGGGAUGUUAAUCUGAUGCUAUCAAGUUUUUUGAGGAGUGAAAUCAAACUAUUGAUGCUUUUAUUACUAGCAUAAGUAAGGGUGAAUUGUCAUCAGGGCCAUGGAAACGGGAUAGUAGAACGCUGUACUAACUUACAAUAAGCAAUAAUUUACUUGAAAUACAAGACUAAUAUAUUCACGAGACCCUUUUGAAAAAAGGUAAUUUUACUAUUGUGAAACCCUAAAACUAAUUCAAAUAGUCUGUAUAAUACUGAAAUUGAAAUAACCUAAUUUGAUAAUUCAUUAUAAUACUACAUUAGUAGCUACUAAUGUGCUAUAGAUUAUUAGAAAAAAUGUUAUUCAAUAUAUUGAAGCAAAUAAUAAAACUUAUUAGUUUUAGAUUACUAUUGUGAUAAAAAUUAAAGAAGAGCUCUCAAUCGCAAAUAAAUGUUGGCCUAUAGCAAAAAUAUGAAUUCUAAUCUAUCAUUCAUAUUCUUUUGAUUUCAAAACAUGUAAUAUUGGGCCUAGCCAUAGCCACCUCUAAUAUGUAUUAGCCCAUUCAGUAACUAGGUAAUCAAAAUUUCUAGCUCUUGAUAUUAAAUAAUUCUGAAGGUUUCUGGUUCUCAUAUCCUAUAUUGGUACUCAACGAAAUUAAUUAAUAAGCUGCCAUUCUAUCAUCAUUAUAAUUAAAAUGAUCCUUAAAUGCAACUUUAAUAAAUUUUAAUUCAGAUAAAAAUUUUGCAUACCAUAUAUAUCUGCAUAAUUUCCCUCAGAAUAACUACUUAAAUUACAUGCUGAAUACCAAGCAAAAUUAUUAGAUUACAGGGUUAAUUCAUAUUUUUAUUUUGUUAUUUUUUAUAUUGACGUAGAAAACUCACAAGUUCAAUUGGAUGACCAAAUUUAUUUCAUUACAUCGUGCAUAGAAGCGGUGAGAAUUGAUGAUAUUUUCAAACAUUGUAAAGUACCGUAUAUAUCAUACUGUAUAGAAAAAAGGAUAUAUUAUAAUAAUUUAAUACUAUAUUAUCUGCUGAACUUGAAUAUGAUACAGAUCGAAUAAUGAAAAACAGCAAUUUUAAUAUACUAGAAUAGAUAAUUUCAAUUGUACAGGUAGACUAGAUCCUUGUUUCUGAUGAACUGUUGGUUUUUAUAAGAAAAUUCUAAUGCAAUGCGCUAUACCACUGUGUAUUUGAAUAAGAGAUAAUUUUGAAAUUGUAAAUAGAUUUGUAUUAAUGAAUUGCAUACAACUUGUUGACUCUUGACGCAAAUGAUAAUCAUUCUCAUAAUAAUAGUCUUCUAAGCUGCAAUUUCUUGCAAAUCAUUGAUGGAUUUUUUAUGAAUGAGGAAUGACUGUUGAAAUAAAUUAUUGAUAAAUUAUAAAAUUGCCUUUGGUCAAACUUCGACCAACGGGCGAGGUGAUUCAAGGUGCAAGCCUAAACUUUUAUACCGCUUUUACUAGUCAACCAAACUCAGAGUAGGUAGUUUUGAGAUUUCACAAUGCAGUGAACUUUAGAAGUAAGUCUGAAACUAUCUUAUUUCACACAGUUGAAAGGUAUUCAUUUGUAUUAUCAUUUCCUUAAUUUUUUCAAAUCCCUUCAUGGGAUACGUUGAAAAUUGGUCUACUAAGAAAUAUAGUUUAUUGCAAUAAAAAAGUACCUAAUUGAAAAAUAUUCACAAUUUUAGUUGAUCGAUUAUAGUUGAAAUAGCCUUAACAAUUAAAAAUAUAACACAACUAGUUGAUUAAACCGAUUCAGGUAUAGGUUCAUAGGAAAUCUGAGUAAUGGUUUCAACUGCUAAUUCACAGUAACAAAUCAUCAUGUUUGUUACAAUGUUUCAAACAGAGAGUAGAUCAACUGGACACAUUGUAGACACUGGAAAUUAGUUAUUGUAACUAGCGUAAUACAAUACUAGUAAAAAAUAUUUCCUUGAUAAUGACAAUGAUUGUUAAUUGCCAUACAGUACACAGAAAAAUUGUUUCAUGAUAGUAGAUUCAAUAAUCAAUUUAAAUUUGUGAAACUAUAAAAAGUACGGAUCCUAAAAGCUCUUUAUUUGUUCCCUGUGAUAGAAUACAAAGUUUUUCUAGUUUCACAAUAAAAAGUUUCUGUAAUAGAAUGAAUUUAUUAUUGAUUAUGUUUUUAAUAGUUGAGUAAAAUUGUAUAAGUAAGUUAUAUGUUCAGAUUUUGAACAAAAUAAAUUAUGUUGAAGUAUGGAAGUUUCAGUUUUUAUCAUCAAAACCUAAAGAACUCUUGUAGUUACAAGGAACGAUAUUUUGAUGGUGGUUGAAACCUAUAGUAAGGUUUAACCUAUUUAUUAGUCUGAGGUGAUUAGGUUAAAAUUAUUACAGAAAAAUUAAAUGGAUGACCAACUCUAGGCUAUGAAUUUUCUGGUGACGAUAUAAAAAAUCAAACAGGGAUACUGCGAUGUCUAUAUUUUGUCACGAUUUUGCAGAUAAACUCAAAAGUUAGUGAUAAGUAGCCUAAUAAUCUACUAACCAAAUGAUGCAAAUAGGCCAAGGUACAGUAACUAUAUAACUUACUGUAGGCCAAGGCUUUUGGAAUCGACCAGUUGAUUGGGCAUGGAACGGUAAAAUCAAAAAACGCAUAGAAUCUUAAAAUAUUUUUUAUUUCAGACUUUUUACAUUGUUUAUCUCCUUGUAACUAAACUAUUAUUUGCUAGUUAAACUUAUUUUAUCAGUGAAAGAAUAAUUACAAAAACUAGUAACUUGAGUUAGUGCAACGAAGAGUUGGACUUAUUGUGGUGGUAUUAGGAAAACAAAACACAAUAAUUGAUUAAAUACAGUAGAUUAAAAAACUUAAUAUAUGAUUUAAGUCAAUUCAUUUUCUGAUUAAUGAUCAACAAAUAUUUUCAAAUAUAUUAAUUACACGUAAAAUAUAAUUGAAUUUUUACAAAUUAAUUAUUAUCGUUGAAUAGAAUAGAGGCUAUCAUUAUAACUAUUGUGUUAUUCAAAGUAUGAUUUUCUGUUUCUAAUCAGAUAUCGGCUAGUGUUUAUUCGUAUAUUUACAUUAAUUUCUUGUAAAUAUGAUCUACGAACCAAUAUCAUUUAUCAAGGCAAAAUUUGGGAUGCCUAAACUUCUAAUUACAGUAUUUAGUUUUGUAUGUUUGCUAGUAGAGCAUAAUUAUAAUCACAACAAGCU